AGAAAUUUUGUUUGAUAAAGAAACCAUUUCCAAAACCCUAACCCCACCGAGGGUCCCUCGUAGAUUUGGUAUUCGCUCGGUCGCUGUCGCCGGACCCGAAGAGGAAAGACCUGAUACCGUCUCCGAUGGGUAAAGCUUGUGGAUCGCGAGCCCGUUCCGGCAAAGUGAGCGGGGCACCGCCGACGGUGGCGAAGGAAGGCAGGAACAAGAACCCUAGAGGACCACGGAUGAAGUCAACAAAAUAUCUGGGCCAGGUCCCGUUGACAAACCCAAAUUGUGCCUCCACUUGGAAGGAGGUCAAACGUGCUCUGUUGGCAGGUAUUGAAAAGAUACUGGAGUUGGCAAGGUCUACCCAGGAAUGUGCUACUGUAGAGGAAUGCGAAGCAGUACUUGCUCAGAUUAGGUCGAUCGGGGAAGAGAUGAAGGAGUUGAUCCUUCAUGGCGUCCCGGCAGAAGAGUUUAUUCAGCAACCACCAGUCUGAUGCACAUGCGGUGGUGGGUCACAGUGGUGAGAGAGGAGGGGGGUAGCAGAUCAACAUGCAGAUGAGGUGGUGUCUUUCUUGGGUGGUGUGGUGUUGUGGUGUUAAUGUUAGUGUUGAUAAAUAGAAAUGAACUGAAAAACCAAACUGAAUGUCAUGACUAAACUAAAAACCAAACUUUUAAAAUAUAUUGGCCUUUCCUUUUCAUGAAUGUGGUGGCUCUGAUGAUUCUGAAAUUUGUAAUAUAUGUGGUUAAUGUGUUUACUUUA